AUGAGUUUGAUACAGUUGACGGUGCUCACAAUCUCGGUUGUCGGCGCCCAACACAUGACACUUUGCGAUUAUUUUGAGAAACUUGGAAUCGCCAAACCCGAAUGCGGUCAUAUCGUCAAACCGAUCUACGAGGCUCCUCCUCCACCGAUUUUCGGCGCGUUCUCAUCGCGAAAAACGGUCAACGCGUGGAGCGGCGGAUUGAUGACGUCGCUGCCGUUGUGCCAAAACUAUUUUCAUAGUUGUAUGGCUUCGACGGCUUGCGAGUCGGGCACAAUUUGCACGUCGGGUUUGGCGCACGGCUCGUGUUGCACGAAUCCGAAUCGCGCUAGCUGCCCGACGGCGACUUCAAUGAAUAUCAAUUGUAGGAAAACGCGAAGUGUUAAUUGGUGCAAUACCGACACCGAUUGUCGCGGAACGUCGACAACCGCCUCGAUGUGUUGCCCGACUGGUUGUAAUUAUAAUAUGUGUGUCUACGUUGGCCACCAAAUUGUACACCCGCGGCGAAGUGUGGUGUUCUCAAGCUUGCGGAACACCCAAAUAAAUGAUGGUACCGAAUGCCCGGACCCUUAUACGAUGGAUAUUAAAUGUUUGGCGCCAAGGGGCGCCAAUUGGUGUCAUACUGAUGACGAAUGUCUUAGCGGGAUUAAUAAGAGAAAAUGCUGUGCUACACUUUGCGGGUACAACACGUGUGUAAUGCGUCUUAAUAAUAACAAAUGGAUUAUCGCAUGA